AAUAACAACGUUGCUAGGGUUUCUAGGGUUUGCAUAGUAAAAAGAAAACAGGUAACAUAGAGUAGCAGCGAUGGUUCUCAAGACGGAGCUUUGUCGGUUUAGUGGUGCCAAGAUAUACCCAGGAAAAGGCAUCAGAUUUAUCCGUUCUGAUUCUCAGGUCUUCCUUUUUUCAAACUCAAAAUGCAAGAGGUACUUCCACAACCGUUUGAAGCCAUCAAAACUUACAUGGACAGCCAUGUAUAGGAAGCAACAUAAGAAGGACAUUGCUCAAGAGGCCGUUAAGAAGAGGAGACGUGCCACAAAGAAGCCAUACUCCAGAUCCAUCGUCGGUGCCACCUUAGAGGUUAUCCAAAAGAAGAGGAGCGAGAAACCUGAAGUUCGUGACGCUGCUCGGGAAGCUGCACUCCGAGAAAUCAAGGAAAGGAUCAAGAAAACCAAGGAUGAAAAGAAAGCAAAGAAAGCCGAAGUAGCGGCGAAGCAACAAAAGACGCAGGGCAAAGGUAACAUUCCUAAGGGUGGUGCACCGAAAGGUGCCAAGCUCGGCGGCGGCGGAAAGCGUUGAGUGGCUAGGUUAUUUUCCCCUUUUUCCCUACCCUGAGAAAAUAGGUAGUAUUUUCAAAUUUAAUGAAAGCCUUGUACGGUAUGAAUUGGCUUUUUGGUUAUGUUGUUUUUUAUUUUAUGCUUAUUAUAUACCAUGACCUCAUGUUGAAUUCAAGUUAUCAAGUAAUUUUAUGGAUUUUUUUUAA